UGAAGAAGAAGAAGAAGAAGAAGAAGAAGAAGACGAGCUGACAAUCUCCAAACGGUUGCGAAGCUGCCUGCAUCCUCUGCCCCCCGAGCCAGGAACCGACGAGCGGAACCCGAGAAAAAUGGCGUUCACAUUCGCGGCCUUUUGUUACAUGCUCGCGCUGCUGCUCACGGCCGCGCUUAUCUUCUUCGCUAUCUGGCAUAUAAUAGCAUUUGAUGAGCUGAAGACUGAUUACAAGAAUCCUAUAGAUCAGUGUAACACUUUAAAUCCGACAGUUGAAAAGGUCAAAAAGAUUAAAAGAAUCAAAAUUGCAAUAAAGCUGGUCCUCCCAGAAUAUCUCAUCCAUUUCUUCUUCUGUGUGAUGUUCUUCUGUGCGGCCGAGUGGCUCACCCUGUGUCUCAACAUACCACUGCUGGCUUAUCACGUCUGGAGGUAUAUGAGCAGACCAGUGAUGAGCUGUCCAGGACUCUACGACCCAACAACCAUCAUGAAUGCCGACAUCCUGGCGUUCUGUCAAAAAGAAGGCUGGUGCAAACUGGCUUUCUACCUCCUGUCUUUCUUCUACUAUCUCUAUGGGAUGAUUUAUGUUCUGGUGAGCUCUUAAACUGGAGAUGAAGGAUCAGGACCUGCGUGUACAGUCAACAACCAGACACUAUGAUCUUAGUCCUGGACCAGCUGGAGGCCACCAAUAAGCAACACAAGACGCCAUUUCAUGCGGAUGAACACUAAGCCCCCCCCCCCCAUCCCCCUGUGCACAUUUUGGAAACAUUUAAGAGAAUCUCAGCGCUAUUGUUUAAAUUUGAUAGUAAAGGAGGACUGACAUGUAUUUUUUUUCUAAUUGUGUGAUUUAGAUGCUUGGGAUUUUUUCAUCUUUUUCCAAACUUGAGUGUUUACAAUUUUAAGAUUGACAUUUUCUGGUCUGCUUGAUCUAUGAGACUGAGCUGUGUGCUGAACUGCAUUAGUUUUUCCUGUGAAUUAGAUUACAGCUCCAUCAAUACCUGCAGCGUGGUUCAUUAUCAUAACCAAAACAAAUAGGCUUCUGUUUUUGCUCAAAGAUUUGAAGGGUCUUUUAGUGGACAUUUUGGGGCUGAAGUGCAUGGGUUGUUGUCACUUAGUGAAACGUGUAGCACAGGACAGACAAUCGCUACCUGGUUGUCACAUCGGUUUUAGAACUUUCUGAUGUAUUCUUUCCAUACUUCAGGUUUAUCCAUCAUCACAUUUACUUGAUGUAAUCCCUGUUGAAAAUCAAUGGCAAUAUUUAAGUGUGAAUCCAGAGUAGCCAGCAACGUAUGACCUGUAUUUCUGUAGAAUUGCCCUCGCAGCUAUCAAUAAAUUAGAAGGUAGACUCAACAGAAUAAUAUCUUCAAGCUUAAAGGAAGCAGCACUUGUUAAUCCCUUUGCUGAAUAUUGGGAGGGAACCGGUCGAAUGUAACUCCUUUGUGCAUCUUGUCAUCUCCAAACCAAAAUAUUCUGCAGCAUUAGGAGCUUAGUGUUUUAUGCAAUGAUUUUACAUUUAUAUUCUCCCAAGAUAUCAAACACUCAGCUCAUUUCCACUCAUGUUCUUUAUAGACAAAACGAUAGUAUUUAUUGCCAUUUUAGAGUACAUUUAUCAGGGAAAGCUGUAUAGUUAUUUCCUCAGAUAACAGUUUAAUGUAUUAUAUCAUGCCAGAACUAGGUAAAAAAAAAACUUGAUUAUUUGAAUCAAAAUAAAAACUCAGUCAAUUGACUAGAAUGUUUUAGCUCAACCUUUUUAAAAAGGUUUUUAAUCAACCAUGUAAACGUAUAUAAUUUAGAAAUAAUGUGGAGCAGGAAAGGAGACCUUCAUUUAGCAUCCUCAACCAUAACACAUUAAUUUUAAAUGUAAUAUCAAUGCUAAUAAACAUCCCACAAGAAUAUCCUCAUGUCUUUAAUGCAACGAGAAAAAAAGCUAUAUAUUAGAGUAUUCUGUUAAAGUGCAAUUAGAGAAUACAAUUACAUAUCACACACAAUCAGCAUCGCUGACAAAUUACAAGGAAUAUUUUCUCGGCUCACUGAUUUGGAGAGAAGUCACCGUGACACUGAACGCUCUGUGGAAACCGCCAUGCUCUCUUGGAAGGUUGUGUACUUUUCACGAAACUCAUGGAGGAAGUUGUAUUGCUACGGAGAAAGUUAAAUUAAAAAAGGUUUAUAAAAAAUUCAAUAGUAAAGCACUUGCUUGCCAUCACAUUGGGUGUAUUAAUAAGUGCAAUUUCGUUAAAAGGUUCCACUAUAAGUGCUUUGUAGAUGUAUGAAAUCUCAAAUACCGGACUGGAGUAAAGUGUAAAGUAACAAGGACCACUUUUCCUCUGGUUUGUGCUUCUAGGCUGCUCUACAAACUUCAUGCAUCUGAAAGGGUCAUUAUUAGCUCCCAGUGAAUUUACACAACUUCAAAUAUAAUAGUUUUUAUACUCCAUUUCUGCUAAUACAACCCCCCAAAUGCUACAUGCUGGUCCUUUAAUAAAUACAUUUUGAGAACAGUGACAAAGAUAUUUUUAGAAUGGCCAUAGAAUUAAGGAUAUAUAUAGUUCCGACAUGUUAACACUUUCCUGUGGAACAACUAUGUAACGAGGAUACCAUUUUAUUAAAUGACAGCAAAAAUCAUUUCUAUUUUAUAGCAUUUCAGAUUGAUCUGUGAUAUGUUAAUAACAUAAUAUUACUGAUAGGUUUGUUAGAAAAUGGAACUCAAAAGAAAAACUAAGUUCACGUCGGUGGCUGGUAAUCUAAUGGAGCAUUUGAACGACGAUUUGGAUUUUGAUGGUGGACCAUGUUUACUAUAAUAAUGAACAAGAACAUACUGACUAAAUAAAACAUUACUCAACAAUU